AAAAGAAAAAAUGUAAGAUUUUUCUUGGGUUAUUUGUGAUAAUGUAGACUCUGUAUAAUUGUUGAGAAGUUUUUCUUCUAUGGGUCUAGGUUUGUUACCAAGAAAGUCCUUCAGCUUGUUAUUCAAGGAUUUACAUGAAUUGGGUUUCUUUAAGGAGCAGAGAAGCCUUUGUAGGAAGUACUAUCAUGGUGCUUCUUCUUCAUUACCCUUGAUGUAUGAUUCUGAUAAAGCUGUUAUACCAACAAGGAAUUCACUUAACUGGAAAGGUCGCAAGGUGUAUUCAGUUGUAGUUACAGUAUGCAAGUCUUUGAGUUGGGAAGUUGCGAAAGAGAUUCCUUUUGAGAAAUCUCUGAAAAAUUAUGGCUUGUAUCAUUCAAUAAAUGGCUAUAGAAUGAUGAUACAUACAUUUGCCUUUGCUGGAAUGGAUUUGGAAGUGUACACACUUCUUAAACAAAUGAUUUUCUACUUGCAGAAUGCUGGUGUUGACUUAUUGAAGGUAAUGCAUCUUGUUCUGCGUUCAAGUAAUAAUACAACACCUUCAACUCUUGUAGCUGAUGAACUCAUCAAGAUUUUUAUUGCAAAUAAACUGUUUGAUCAUGCUAUUGACGUUGUUAAUCAGGUUAAGAAAAUCGGGCUUGAACCAAGUAUUUAUUCAUGUAAUUACCUACUAAAUUGCUUGGCAGUAGCAGAUCAAGGGGAGAAUCUUGCUAGACUAUUUGAAACAAUGAAUAACUUUGGACCCUCACCUGAUGUGAUGACAUACACAAUCAUGAUGAAUUUCUACUGUGAAAAUUAUUCAGGCACACAGAAGGUAUCUAUAAAAGAAGCCUAUAAGAUUCUGAAAGAAAUGCGGGAAAAAGAGAUCAGUCUUUCUGCUGCAACAUAUAGUGUAUGGCUCCUUGGACUCUGUAGAAUUGGAUGUCCUGAUGUUGCUUUGAAAUUCAUUCGGAGACUGAGGUAUGAGAACCAAUCUUUGAAUUCUUAUUGCUACAAUGCUAUCAUUCAUGGAUUCUUUUCUGAAGGCGAAGUAAGUAAAGCUAUAAGUGUUUUUGAAGAGAUGAGUAAUUCUGGAAUAACACCAGAUAUAUAUAGCUAUAGCAUUCUUGUCAGCGGGUUCAGCAAAUUCGGGAUUAUUGAUGAAGGUUUAUGUUCUAUUCAAGGUAUGCAAGAUAAUAACAUCAAGCCUACCCCAAUUAACUAUAACUCAAUUCUUCAGGGUUUGUGCGCAGCUGGAGCAGCAAAAAUUGCAAAGGAUUGUUUUCAUUACCUUAAGAAUUCUGGGUACAAAGUUGGCCAAACAGCUUACAACAUUUUAAUUACUGAAUUUUGUGCUCAAGGAGAUCUUAGUUCAGCCGAUGAGCUACUGGAGGAGAUGAUCAGCAGUGACUUGGCUCCAGAUGCUUCAACUUGUUUGAAAUUAAUUCGUGCUUCCUGUGACAUGGGGUCUGUUGAUAAAUCAUUGAAGUACAGGAUUAUGAUGGUACAAAAAGGCUACCUGUCUGAUACCAUUACCUGCAAUUUUAUUGUUAAGCAGUGCUGUACUGAUGGGCGUGUGAUGGAAGCUUUGCACCUGAUUGAUGAAAUGGUGGAUCAAGGCAUCAUCCCCAAUUUGUUUACCUAUGAUGUAGUUGUUCAGCAGUUGUGCAAAGAUAUAAACACAAAGAAGGCAUUGGAGUUAAUCACGGUGAUGCUUAAGAGGGACAUGUUUCCCAAUGUUACAAUUCUUAAUACUCUUCUUGAUGGAUUUUUUAAAGAGUCCCAUUUUAACAAGGCUAGGAUGCUUUAUAUGGGAAUGCUUAAACUUGAGAUGACUCCUAACAUCAUCACAUACACAAUUCUUAUUGACAUGCUAUGCAAGCGGGGGAAAGUGAAAAAAGCUGCAAGACAGAUAAAAGUGAUACAGGCCCACAAACUAUUCAUGAAAAUAAUCAGGGAGGGUAUGAGUCCCGAUAACAUCUAUUACACCUCCAUGAUUUCUGGCUUUUGUGAAAUUAAAGAUAUGAGCAUGGCAUGUGCUUUGCUCCUUGACAUGCAAAAAAGAGAAGUCUGGCCUACUGUUGUUACUUAUACUUGCCUCAUUGAUGCAUUUUGCAAGUUAGAUCAGAUGGAUGAGGCCAGGAGGUUGUUCAGAAUGAUGGUAAGACAGAACAUCUCUCCUGAUGUCUAUAUUUACAAUUGCUUCAUCCAUAAAUAUUCCAAGUUACAUCGAAUGGAUGAGGCCCAGAGGUUGUUUGAUGGAAUCAGAGAAACAAACAUCUCUCCUGAUUUAGUCACUUAUAGAAUAAUGAUCAAGGGAUAUAAAAUGGUCAGAAAUUAUGAUCUAGCUUAUGACAUGACUGAUGAGAUGCACAGAGUGUUUAACAUUCCUCACACCUUAUCAAAAAAAGAAAAGAAAGAUCCUGACGAUGCAUUGUUAUAG